CCGGAAAGCGGAAGCGGAAGUGACGUUCGGGGAAGGUGGGGGCAAUCAUGGUGCCGCUGGGGAGGGGAGAAGCUGCUGCCGCCGCCGCUGUUGCCGGGAGCCGCGGAGACAGGUCACUACCUUUCCAUUUCUCACAAUUGGGCUGAGCACAAUUGAACCAUGGGGGAACACAGUCCAGACAACAGCAUCAGCUAUUUUGAGGCAGAGGAAGAUGAGCUGACCCCCGAUGACAAGAUGCUCAGGUUUGUGGAUAAGAACGGACUGGUGCCUUCCUCAUCUGGAACUGUUUAUGAUAGGACAACUGUUCUCAUUGAGCAGGACCCUGGCACUUUGGAGGAUGACGAUGAUGAUGGACAGUGUGGAGAACACUUGCCUUUUCUAGUAGGGGGUGAAGAGGGCUUUCACCUAAUAGAUCAUGAAGCAAUGUCCCAGGGUUACGUGCAACACAUCAUUUCACCAGAUCAGAUUCAUUUAACAAUAAACCCUGGUUCCACGCCCAUGCCAAGAAAUAUCGAAGGUGCAACCCUCACUCUGCAGUCGGAAUGUCCAGAAACGAAACGCAAAGAAGUAAAGCGGUACCAGUGCACCUUUGAGGGCUGUCCCCGCACCUACAGCACAGCAGGCAACCUGCGCACCCACCAGAAGACUCACCGGGGAGAGUACACCUUUGUCUGUAAUCAGGAGGGCUGCGGCAAGGCCUUCCUCACCUCCUACAGCCUCAGGAUCCACGUGCGAGUGCACACGAAGGAGAAGCCAUUUGAGUGUGACGUGCAGGGCUGUGAGAAGGCGUUCAACACGCUGUACAGGCUGAAAGCACACCAGAGGCUUCACACAGGGAAGACGUUUAACUGUGAAUCUGAAGGCUGCAGCAAGUACUUCACGACACUCAGUGAUCUGAGGAAGCACAUUCGAACCCAUACAGGAGAAAAGCCAUUUCGGUGUGAUCACGAUGGCUGUGGAAAAGCAUUUGCAGCAAGCCACCACCUGAAAACUCAUGUCCGUACGCAUACUGGUGAAAGACCUUUUUUCUGCCCCAGUAAUGGCUGUGAGAAAACAUUCAGCACCCAGUACAGUCUCAAAAGUCACAUGAAAGGUCACGAUAACAAAGGACACUCAUACAGCGCGCUUCUGAAUCACAAUGGAUCAGAGGAUACAAAUCACUCACUUUGUCUGAGGAAUUUAAGCCUUCUGUCUACAGAUUCUGAAUUUCAAGAAAAUUCCAGUACAGGUCAGAAUCUCAGCACCCUUUCACCAACAAUCCUUUUCGGACCCAUGUUCCAGAAGCCAGAAGAUACAGCGAUUCAGGAAGAUCCUCAACAGACAGCUGCCUUGAUUGAAAGUUUUAAUGGUGAUGCAGAGUCAGUCAGUGACGUGCCGCCAUCCUCAAGACAUUCAGCAUCUCUAUCUCUUCCACUUGUACUGCAGCCUGGCCUCUCCGAGCCACCCCAGCCUCUACUGCCAGCCUCAGCACCGUCUGCUCCUCUGCCUGCUCCCUCCCUAGGAACCGGUUCCCAGCAAGCUGCAUUUGGCAACCCCCCUGCUCUCUUACAACCUCCAGAAGUGCCUGUUCCCCACAGCACACAGUUUGCUGCUAAUCAUCAAGAGUUUCUUCCGCACCCCCAGGCACCGCAGCCUGGACUCUCUGUACCAGGACUUUCUGUUGUUGCUGGGGCUCUGGCAUCAGCCAUGGCAGCACCGCCCCAACCACAAAGUACUACUGAGCCCCUGCCGGCCAUGGUCCAGACUCUGCCCCUGGAUGCUAACUCUGUCCUAACUAGUAAUCCCACUAUCACCAUCACCCCGACUCCCAGCACGGCUAUCCUGCAGCCCAGCCUAGUCAUGGGAGAACAGAACUUACAGUGGAUAUUAAAUGGUGCCACCAGCUCACCACAAACCCAAGAACAAAUUCAAGCAUCUAAAGUUGAGAAGGUGUUUUUUACCACUGCUGUACCAGUAGCCAGUAGCACAGGCAGUGCUGUACAGCAGAUUGGCCUCAGUGUUCCUGUGAUCAUCAUCAAACAAGAGGAGGCCUGUCAGUGUCAGUGUGCGUGCCGGGACUCUGCCAAGGAGCGGGCGGCCAGCAGGCGGAAGGGCUGUUCUUCCCCGCCCCCUCCAGAGCUGAGCGCCCAGCCUCCUGAUGGGCCAGGCCUGAAGCUACCACCACAGACUUUUUCCCCACCCCCGAUCCCCCUGUCGUCAUCCUCCGCUGCAUCCUCCUCCUGUGAGCAAAGCAGACAAGCAGUGACUCCUUCAGACCCUCCGACAGAAACGUUACGUGCCAUGGAUAUGUCCGAGUUUCUGUCUCUCCAGAGCCUGGACACCCCAUCCAACCUGAUUCCCAUUGAAGCACUACUGCAGGAAGAGGAGGAGAUGGGCCUGACCAGCAGCUUCUCCAAGUGAAAGGCCCGAAUGUGCUCCCCUCCAGGAACAGAGGCCAAGCAGGAAGCAGAGGUGCGGUGCCUGUCCUCAUGGGGUCAGCAGUUUGAAGGAUGAAGAAAUCUACUGUUUGAAAUCCUCACCUUUCAGACCUGUUUUCUUUAUUCAUAUGUCAGGAGCAUCCAUUUUUAAGGAACUGAUCUUUGGAAAAAACAAAAAAACAAACAAAAAAAACAAAACAAAAAAAAAGCUAAGUUAUAAAUGAACUGUUUGGCUGCACUGUAUGUCACUUUUGCUUAUUGUCAUGUGAACUUGGAAAUUAAGGUUACUCGUAUGCAUAAAAAUUCUAAAUGAAAGGGUGUGGUUUCCAUCAAUCUGAUGCUGCCCAUCACUUGCACUGGGGUCUUUGUGGUCUGGGCAGUAGAGUUCGGCGUGUCGGGUGUUGCUCCUCCCCAUGCGUCUUUUGAGUCUGAGGCCGAAGCUUGCUUGGAAGGCCAGACCCUCGCUCCGUCAGAGAAGGAAGUGGCAAAGCCAGGUCAGACAGCUGUGAGCUGGACAGGGAUCGGGUGAGCUGGUUUUGUUGUCUGUGCUUGGUGUGGUGGAGCUCAGGGCGACUGUGGCAGGUGUCAUCCUGCAGCCAGCUACGGCACAAACAGGCAGCUAAAAGGCUGGCCUGAGGCCUAGGGGACAGCCUGCUUCCAUCAGGGCCCUAGGCAAGUCGUUGAUAGCUCCUGUCGCUGACUGGUGCCUGUGCAGAGCAGGCUGUAGGAACUUGAUCAGUCUUUGCCUUCCCGGCAUAUUCUCUCUCUCUCUCUCUCUCUCUCCUCUCUCUCUCUCUCUCCCUCUCCCUCUCUCUCUCUCUCUCUCUCUCUCUCUCUCUCUUUCUCUCUCUCUCUUGGUUGCCAGGGCUUGCAGAUCACAGUGAGUUUUUCUUGGGGAACAUCCCUGCUUUGUCCUGGAGUGGACGGGCAGUUUGUGGCCAGUUGCUGGUCGGCGGUCUGCCUUUUCUGAAUGGUAUCUUCUUCCUCAGAGCAGAAGAGCUGCAUUUUGCUCAUCAGGAGAAUGUGCGGCUUUCCAGGAGUUUUGUUCAGGCGGCAUGCCCUCGGCAGGCGGGUGGCCUGGUUUGGGGUUCCAGCCAGGCUUUUGGUUGUCCCCUCCCAUCUCCACCCCUGACCCCUCUGGAUUUUGCAUACAGCCUAGUACAGUGCAAAGAAGGAUGUGACUUGCUCAGCUUAGUCAUAUGAUUUCUAAACAAAAAAAGGAAAAAAAAAAACAAAAACAAACAAAAAAAAAGCAAUGAUCUUCUACUCAGGGUAAAAUAAAAAAAAAAUUCCCCUUCCACCAAAAAGCCUGAAAUGUUGCAAUAAGUUAUCUCAUUUGGAAUGUUUCAUUAAGUUGUGUUAUAGGAAAAAAAAUUUUUUUUUGAUGAUUUGUGUAUAGAAUUAUAUCCAUCUGUCUGCCUUUGGCUCCCAGUUAUUGCCUCUUAAAAUAAAACAUAAAAUACAAUCCACACUAAAAUGGAAAGUUUCUCUCAACUGGCUGUGUUAAUGUAGUCAGGAGUGCUCACCAUGUGUACUGAGCUCAGAAACUAGGCAUGGCCUCUGCCUCCCAAGGGCCCCCUCCCUGCCUCAAGUGAGGAAAAGUGUUCUCACAGGCCUGCCCUUCUGAGUCAGUGAUGUCGGGCAGAAAGCAGCCGUAAUUUCGCCUUCCUUUCCUUCUCUCUAAGGUAAAGAGAUCUGCAUUUGUCACUCUCCUGUCCUCUGAGCCAUUACUCAGGGCCAGCCAAGACAGUAUCUAGCAUAGAUCAUUUUCCUGGGAGCCAGAGGCCCUGCCUUUAACAGGAUUUCAGGGACAGAUUCAGACAAGAGGGCGAUGGUGGUAAAUGUCACUGCCAUGAGGAGCUGCUUAACUAUAAGCCGGUGGUGUCUCAGGAGUCUAGUGGGGAGAAACAGUUUCUUUUUGACCCUCUGCCUUCCCUUGUCCGAAAGGCUGGUGGGUUCUUGUGACCACUGACCUCAGCAGAAGUUGAUAAGGCAGGAGGAAACUUCUGUUACCACAGUGGGUCCGUCUUCCUGGAAAACCAGCUGCUGGGUGUGGGUUGUCCUGGGCUGUCUGUGGGCCUUGUACCCAUAGGAUGCUUGGCAGUAGGACCCUGGCUGUUUUCUCUACACCUUGUGAGAGAGAGGGCAGCAUGGAGGGGGUCCCAGAUGACCUCCCCACGUGCCCAUUCUAGGCUGACCUGAGAGGUGGGUCCCUGGGAGCUGAGGUAGAAAAACAGGAGCCCAGGGAAGGCCAUUGGAAGCACCCAUGGUUUAAAUACUGCUUCCUUCUGGUUAGCCUUGGCUGUGCUCCUGUUGGGCCUGUGGCUUUUCUGCUCUGCAGAGAUGGAGAGUGAUGAAGAAACAGCCUUUAGGCAGACAGAUUUUUCUAGUUGAAGUAUCCGCCUUUUUGAGGGUGACUGGAGAUGACCAGCGGGACUGUCAGAUUAAGCAGCUUUUGAAAAAUCAGGAAUGUGCUUAAAAUGCUCGUGACUGGUUGUGAAGCGCAGGUUUACUCUACAGGGUAGGCAGUCUUUCCUUUCCUUCCUGUUCUAGCCCCUCCCCGCCCCUCCCCCUUCUAUCAGCCUGGCCUCUGGUGCCAAGGACCUUGGAGAAGAAAGGGCAGCAGGCUAAAGUGGAGCCACAGAGAGCCUUCAUAGAGAGUGGUUUCCAAACCCAGCAAUGACCCUAGGGUGGUUAGGGAAGGUUGGCGGGCUCCUGGCAGGUGAAGUCAGGCCUUUUUCCUUUCGAUGGUGACCUUAAUCAUUUUCACCCUGUAGGUUGAGACUUCCGGCUCCCACCAGCAUCUCCAGCUAUACUGCCCCUUUACAGGGUGCUAGUCAGCACGAGGAAUUGGAGUUCAUGGGCUUGGGAGGUGGCAGGAAGCUUUGGCUGGCACCGCCAAACUGCCUUAGUGAAUUUGGCCCUUCCCAGGCAGGUGGGCGAGGCACGGAGGGCAAGUGGCCCUGCCUUUCCUGGCAGCCUGGCCAACCUCGUGGGGGCAUCACUAGUUUGAUGACAGGAAUCGGUAUUAUUCAUUGAAUUCCUUCCACCCCACCCUGGCCCCCCUUAAGAAGGAGCUCAUGGUGCAAAGCCCAGGAGGGGCCUUACAGUAUGAAGACCUCUCUGGGUAGAAGCAAGGGACUCCUCUACCACCUCUGGGAGAGUCAGUAGUUUGGAGACUUUUACCUUCAGGGCCAAGGCAGCAGACUAAUGGGGA